GGAUGCUGUUUGCCGGGAUGGCUGGCAGUGGCUGGGGUGGUGGCAGCGACGCUCCGCCCGGCGGUUGGUUGGCGCUGCGGGGUUGGCAGCCCUGGCGUAAACAAAGGGAGUUCUGCGUACUGACCGCGAGUCGCGUCAACGUGCACACGCGCUGCCGUCUUGCACACAAGUGUGCUAACGUGACCGCACGCGCUGGCACGCGUGGAACAUGGCUGCAUCCACCGCAUCCACGUCCACGGGACACACGCAGGCCGACGAUGACGAGGACGUGGCCGCGGCGGCGGGGCUGAAGCGGUGCUGGGUCGUCGUGGAGAGGUUACCGGCGGCACACCGCGCGAACGUCAACGGUGGCGGCGCGCCCGCCGUGCCCGCCAAGCACGACCACGCCGGCUUGACCAGGGAGUGCAGCGUGGUGCUGGAGAAGCUGGACCUGGGCAACAACACCACGUGGACCUUGGACAGCGUCGCACGCGCGAAACGCCCGAAGAAAGCGACGGCGAAAGGGGUGCAGUGGGACACGCGGUUGCGUCACGAGAAGCGGCGACGGGCACUGAGAGACGGAGCCGUGCAGAAAAAAGCGGCUCUGCUGGUCACUCAGAGGAGUGCUUGGAGGAGAGGGCGCGCGCGAGGAUGGAAGACGGCGACGGCCUCGACGGCCAAGAGCACGACGACCUCCUCGACGGCCUCCGAAAACGCGGCGGCCGACGAGCACAAACUGCUGUACCUGAGCACGUUCGGCGACCUGGUCAAGAAACUGGCCGAGGAAACCGGGGACUGCUCUAGCACCUUGGCGGAGUACGAGCGACAGGUGCUGCGGCAAUGGCUGCAGCUGUCGGCGGAGACGGGCGCGGUCUACUUGAGGCUGCUGGGGCUGAAGGAGCCCUGGAUCCGCGGCAGCCAAGUGCGGUGCCAGGAAGGCUCCAUCCUGGAGCACUUCGCCGCCUUGGCGCAGACCGGCUUCGUCUCCAGUGAGUUCCAGUCGGCCGACCUGAAGCACAUCUUGGAGCUGCUGCGCAAGGACGAGGUGGAGGCCGUGGCGGACGGCCUGGUCACCCUGCCCGCCUCCUCCAAGCGCAACAAGCUGUCGUUCGUGCGCGCCGUGCAGCGCUUCAGUGUCGAGACACCGCAGGCCCUGCCGCGGCUGCAGGCCAGGCUGUGCGUGGCGCUGGGUGGCUGCGUGCGCGUGCUGGCCGUGCCGCGGCAGCUCGUGGAGCGCGUGCUGCUGCUGCUGGCGGCCUGGGCGCCGUGCCCGCCCGACGGCGACCGCCUCCGCGCCGCCCGCGCGAUGCUGCUGCGCCCCGUGCCCCAGCCGCUGCGGCUGGAGGGGCUGGGCUGGCGCGGACUGCCGCCCCCGCUGCGGUGCAUGUUCACCACCCGCCAGCAAGCAGUGGCGUGGGAGUCUAUCGCCAGCCACCGGACGGACUUGGAGGAGGCGGUGAAGCAGAGCCACUGGCCGAAGGUGGCCAACGUGACCGAAGAGCUGCUGCAAAGCUACCGCAGCCACCUCGCCACCUGCAGCUUGAACGACGACGUCGCGAACCGCACGCUGGGCAACGCCCUGGCCGAGGCGCUGACGGUGGCGGCCGAGACGCUGGUGCGCUCCUGGGAGGAAGACAAGAAGACCCUCGCGCUCACGGUGUACUGCGAGCUGCUGGGCCAGCGCCUGCACGCGCAGGAGAAGAGGGUCCUGUGGGUGGCGGGCCACACCAAGCUGAUGCAGGCGACGCCCGACGGCCAGCAUGCAGCGGCCGAGCUGCUCAUCGGAGAGCUGGAGGACGGCGGCCAUCGGGGCGCGCAGCGAGCUCACCUGGAGCGGAGCGCCGCGGCCUUCCUCGCCUUCGUGCAACGGCCGCAGGGGCAGGGGCGCGGCAGGGGCGACCAGGCCGACCUGACGGAGGACGUGCGGGCGCGGCUGGCUGAGCUGCUCUCCGCCCCGGUAGAGCUGCAGGACCUCGCCGUCGUCAGGCUGACGGCCUCGGCCCUGCCCGGGAAAAGCGCGUCGCUGAAGAAGGUGUUCGUCUUCCAGCCGGCGGCCGGCGCCAAGAAGCAGCACUUGUCGGUGGAGGAGCGCGUCAUGGCCAAGUACGCCAAGAGCGGCGAGUUCCCGCUCGGCCUCGACGACGAGGGCGAGACGCUCGUGUCGCUCGCGGUGCUGGCCUUCUGGAACGCGGUGUACGACGGCGGCGUGGACGACGCCUGGGGCAGCCCCUGCCAGGACAGGCCCCUGGACUGGGCGACGGACCGCUUCUGGGUGACGCGGCACAUGGCCAUGGAGGAGCGCUGCGACGCGCUGCUGCAGCACGCCGACGCCGAGGGACACGCGGCCGUCGCCGCCGACCUGCUGGCCGCCAGGGACGCCCUGGCCGGCACGCCCAGCCUGGUGCGGUGGCAGCUCCUGCAGGAGCUGGACCUGGAGGGCCUUUUAAAAUGCAUCUCUGUUCCACUCUUCGUGGCCAUUUGCCGGAGACUGCUGAGUGACUUCUCCUCGUACAGAUCGGGAUUCCCCGACCUCCUCCUGUGGAACCCCACCGAGUCGAAGAGCCUGUUCGUGGAGGUGAAGGGGCCCAAGGACGAGCUCUCCCUGCAUCAGGCGAAGUGGCUCGAGUUCCUCAAGCAAAGCGGCGCGACAGUGGCUGUGGUGGAAGUUCGCACCAAAUGAAAGCGGCCUCUUGGAGAGGUGAGCCAAGGUCGACUGCUAGAGACCCGCACGGCCGCACGCACGAGAAAAAGGCGCCUGCGCGGAGUGGUGCCUUAUUUAGGGCGCCUCAUUACAAGUUUCCGUUUUUUAAUGUGUUAAACGAGAACGUUGUUGAGGUAAACCUUGUUUCUUUUGAAGCCAUUGUAAGACGUGAAUUCUCUUUUGAAUGUAAAUUUUGUUGCCAUAUCUCAAAUAUUUUAUUUUGUUUUAGUCUAUGGAAUGUAAUAAAUAAUAGACCUAAUCGAACAUGG